UUUGAAGUGUUGCAAUUCAGUAUAAAUACGAGGGGACACUCGGUAACUGCAACACAAGGGAGUGAGUACGCCGUUACAGCAGGCUAACCGAGAUGAACAAAUUGACAAUCCUGUUGUCCUGCCUGGCAGCCGUUGUCCUGGCGGCUCCCCAGCAAAAUGAGAUCGUUCCUAUUGUCAAGCAGCAGAGUCAAGUCAGCGGAGAUGGAUCCUACUCUUACAGCUUCGAAACGGGCGACGGCACCAAAGCUGAGCAGUCCGGCCAACUGAAGAACUUGGGGCCUGACGAUGAUGGUGAAUCCGUGACAGGAAGCUUCUCGUACGUGGCACCAGACGGCGUUACAUACACUGUAACCUACAUUGCAGACGAGAACGGCUACCAACCUCAGGGAUCACAUCUGCUGCAGAUUCCAGAGGCCAUCGCUCGCUCCAUAGAGUACAACAAGGCGCAUCCAGAAGAGGAGAAAGACACCAAAUAAAUAAACUAAGAAAUCUGUAAUUUAAGACGUGUACGUGAGAUUCUUUCGGUAUGAAAUUUCGCAACUCUCAAAUCAUUAGCAAACUCGCGAUUCUUACUCGAACGCCAUGGGGAAGUACAUUUUCCAUCUGACGGAGGAAUGUAUACUACAGGUUUAUUUUUGAAAACGGAAUUAUACGUUACUCUUUCUUUUUCAGUAAGAAUAAUUUAUUGUUACUACCUCCCUGGAAUCCAUCCAUGAUAUUCUAAAAACCAGAACACAGCUUUUUGCCCAGUGUCUAAGAACUGAUCUUUCUAACGGACCCAACUGCGUGGGUACCCAAUAUCUGAGGAUGCGAUCAGAUUCAUACCCUGAAAAUUUGUGUUCUAUUUUAGAAUAUCGCCCUAUUGAAACUUCUAGGAAGCUAACAGUACUAAAUGUAAUUCAUGAUCAUCAGAGACAUUUAAAACUAUUAGGAAAUGUAAUUCCCACCAAGAUAUGUAAAGCACAUAAUCUAUUUUAAAUAUCUCCAUAUCAGAAAUUCUCUGUGAAGCAUGGUCCAUUUGGGGAACAUUCUUCGAUCUCUACGUUUAAGCGUUCAAUAAAGCGCUGCAAAUCGCUUCAAGCUCAAAACUUUUCUCAAGACAGAGUUUCUCAAAUUAGAUGAGAAAUUCAAAUUAAUUUUCGUAAAAUUUGAGGCUUUCACGGCGGUGACUAUGAAGAAAGCAGUCUUCUGGGAUACGGCGCCAAAUCCCAGAAGACUGCUUUCUUCAAUUUUCGUAAAGUAAACGUCGUCACUGAGGUAACUCUUAAGUUUUCAGUACAUGUCUUGUGAUGAAGUCUGGGUGUGAAAAAACCUGAAUUGCGUAAUGAAUACGGUAAACAUUCAAUCUGCCAUAUUUAUCGCUUUCAGCAAUUUCGAUAGCAGACACAAUUAAACAUGAUUUGCGGGGGAAAUAAUAAAUUAAUUUUUGCUAUAUGUAUAUAGAAAACAUGAAGCAGCGUCCCAGUCGAGUCAUUACAAAUUCGCUCUAUUCAAGUCUCAAAAUGUAGUGAAGAAAACGAUAAUCACAUUUCACAGUAAUUCAAGAAGCACUUGAAAGACUUCAAUAUACAUUCAGUUUGCUUCCGACGUAGUGCGCAUGACGAAAACGGCUGCUAACGAACCUGCGCAACAGAGAGUAUAUAAGGAACGCCAAACGCCCUUCCGGAAGAGGAAGUUUCAACCGCUGGGACAGUCACAGAAGUGCCUAGUCUUAGGGCCAUAAAGUUUGUUGCUGACACACGCUGUACAUUGGCUAUUGAGAGAAACGAUACAUUACAAAAAUAAAACAUAUCAAUGUCAUUCUUAUGAAUGUAUUCUGCACA